GGAUUACGUUUUUUCAUAAAGGUAUUUUGGUUUCAUAUAGUGGAAUUCCUACACCUCAAUGAAAAAAAUGUAAUCGUAAGACAAUUUUCUUUCUCUAAAACAUAUAAUAUGUAAAGAAAAGGAAAGUGACAGAAGUGGUUAAAACUUAAAAACUAUAUAAGUGUGUCAAAUGAAACAUCAUAUAGUUCAUUUUCUUUUUUAAGGAGAAAAAUAGAGAGGGUCUUAAGAGUUAAUUUUCAAAACAAAAAAAAAUGUCAACUGAUAAUAAUAAUAAUAAUAAUAAUAAUAAUAAGUCCUCAGCUCAAAUGCUCAAACAAGCAAAACCAUUUGUGGCUUUGAUUCUGCAGCAAUUUGGGUAUGCAGGAAUGUCAAUAAUCUCUAAAGCUGCUCUAAACCAAGGGAUGAGCCAACAUGUUUUAGUAGUGUAUAGACAUAUUAUAGCAGCUGUUAUAACUGCACCUUUUGCAAUCGUGUUAGAGAGGAAAACAAGGCCCAAGAUGACUUUCUCUAUCUUUUUCAAGAUUAUGUUGCUGGCCUUCUUGGAGCCUGUACUCGACCAGAAUUUGUACUACACUGGGAUGAAGUACACAACAGCAACUUUUGCAACUGCCAUGUGCAAUGUUCUUCCUGCAUUUGCAUUUAUAAUGGCUUGGAUUUGUAGGCUUGAGAAGGUUAAUAUUAAAAAAGUACAUAGCCAAGCAAAGAUAAUGGGAACCAUAGUAGCUGUUGGGGGAGCAAUGUUCAUGACCAUGUAUAAUGGACCAGUGUUGAAUUUACCAUGGGCAAAACAAGCUAACCAUCUUCAUCAUUCUGUAAAUGCUGCAAAUAAUCAAAACUCUGUUAAAGGUGCUCUAAUGAUUAUAGCAGGAUGUGUAUGUUGGUCUAGUUUCAUAAUACUACAAGCAAUCACACUGAAGUCAUACCCUGCUGAGCUUUCCCUAACAUCUCUAAUGUGCUUGAUGGGAGCAGGGCAAGGCACAUUUGUGGCCUUAGGAAUGGAAUGGGGCAACCCUGCAGCCUGGUCUUUAAGAUCACAAUCCAUGAUAUUAGCAUCACUUUACAGUGGUGUAUUUCGUUCUGGUUUUGCUUACUAUAUUCAAGGAUUAGUCAUGAUUCAAAAGGGACCUGUUUUUGUGACUGCUUUUAAUCCUGUUGGUCUUGUAAUUGUUGCAAUAUUGAGCUCUUUCAUUUUGUCAGAGCUAAUGUACUUGGGAAGGGUUAUUGGAGCUGUUAUUAUUGUAGUGGGCCUUUACAUGGUUCUGUGGGGUAAGAGCAAGGAUAAGCCUCCAUCUGAAAUCACUGAAAAAGAUUUACCAACAACAACAACAACAACAGAUGAACAAAUAAUUGUGAAAAUCGAAACUACAAAGACUAGAAAUCAAGAACUUUCUGUUGUGGCCACUGAUGACACAACAAAAAAAUCAGGAGAAGAAGUUGUCUGAAGGAACAAAAGAUAGAAUUGUUAAUUUGAUUUAAAAUUUGAGUUUCUAGCUUUUAUAGUCAUAGACCAGUACUUUUUUUUUUAUUAAAUGUUGUUCGGAGAUUAUAACAAUGUCUCAAAUUUUAAGUGGUUUAGUUUAGAGAAGCUAGUUCAAUUCAAGCAAAGCCAUUUUAGAAAUAAACAAAUGCUCAUUGGACUCUUUCUUCAUUGAUAAUAAAAGAUGUACAUAAGUUAUUUCACCUUGUCACAGUUCUAGAAUCAACAAUUGAGAAGAAAAAUAGUAACUUUUUUGUUA